AUGGCCACUCACAUCGUAGCAACCAGUUGUCCACAUGCCGACGGUAAAGGGGCGGGUAGUUUGGACAGAAUGCGCUCGGACUGGGACAUAGGAAAGUAUAUUUUUAUGAGAAAGAAUAUUAAAUGGCCAGAGUACAGGCAGACGUUUUUUGUCUCCAGCCGCACUGGCGGGAACAAAAAGCAUACUUAUACUAACUGGUGCGAAUUAUUACAUGUAAAUAGAAAUACGCAUACGCGCACAUAUGCGCCGGCUUGUAUGGUCAUAGAAAGAGGAAUUUGUUGCAGUAAAUGUUGGGUAAUUCGAUGGGAAGAUGUCUCGCAAGCAGUCGACUCCACUUGUACUUUGGGCAAAAAGAAGUUUGUUGUUCAGGCGUUCGGCGACGAGGUGUUCGGCUUCAGACUGUCGGGGAAGCGCGGCGGAGCAGAAUUGCUUUUUUUACGGCAUUGGGCAGAAUCGGAGGACAAAAAAACACCACAAAACUGGGCAGAAAGCAACUGA